CAUAGUAGUUCCGUCCUCUCAUCACGAGAGAGAAAUAGCUUUUAAAAAUAAAUUUUAUAAUUGAUACGAUAGAUUAUCUCAAGCAGUUUACUUUGUUUAGUGUUUUAAGUAAAUUAACUUAAAAAAAGCGAUAAUUGUUAUUGAUUGAUAGAAUAAAAUGUUUUGUAUAUUAAAGUUAUUGUAAUUUUCUAAAUUGAUAUCCAUUGUGAGGUAAUAAACAAAGUGUUAAAAAAUGAAGAAUGAAGUUGAUGUUUCUUCUCUACAAGUACUUAAUCAUAAUCUAAUUAAAACAUCAGCAAAUUCGCAUACAUUAAAUUCGCGUAAUCCAUCAACGGUUAUUGCGAACUUAUCUCGAAGUGAAAGUAUUCUAGUAUCAAAUUUAACAACAGAGCCAACACGAAAAUCUGGUGCCCGUCGACAAGAAAAACCUCCUUAUUCCUAUAUUGCUUUGAUAGUGAUGGCAAUCCAAUCCAGCCCAGAAAAACGGCUAACGUUAUCGGAAAUUUACACUUUUCUUCAACAACGGUUCCCUUUUUUUCGCGGAACGUAUCAAGGUUGGAAAAAUUCAGUGCGGCAUAAUCUGAGCCUAAAUGAGUGUUUCGUGAAGUUACCAAAAGGUCUAGGAAGACCAGGUAAAGGUCAUUACUGGACAAUUGAUCCCGCAAGUGAGUACAUGUUCGAAGAGGGAAGUUUUCGCCGCAGACCACGAGGUUUUAGAAGAAAAUGUCAAGCAUUAAAACCUCAAUACAGUCAAUAUUUUGGUGGAACUGCCGGAGUUGGAGGAAAUAUCCAACCUCCUGGUUACGACAAUUUGGCUGGAACAAUAGAAUAUUCGAAUAGUUAUCCAAAUCAAUAUCAAAAUUAUCAAGAAUAUGCAGUAUACGGACCGUCUGCCGGAGCAGUUGCAGAUUGGACGUAUCCUGAGUACAAAUCAGCUCCACCAAUAGCGGAGGUGACUUACAAGACAACCGAAGUUACUUACAAAACCGGAGACAGUUCUUUGUAUCGUAACAGCGACAUUUCUUUGAAAAAUGAACCUUACUCGAGGAAUCAGGAUGCCAUAAUUACUUAUAGACCUAAUGAAUUAUCUUUCCCGCACAAUCAUGCACAUCAACAAAGUCAAGAUGUUACUUAUAAAACCGAAAACGAACACCAAAGUCUAGCUAUUUGUAAUUACAAAACUAGUGACAAUAAUUCGAGUCAUCAACAAUCACAAUGCAUACCUGUUGAAGACUAUCACAUCGGUUAUGGAUUUACUGGAAACUCCGGAAAUGUUCCAGCGCUGAGAGGCCUCCAAGGACAAUCUAACUCUCUAAGUUCGAUUGGAAGCAUUAACAAUUCACAUGGAGAAUCUCAAAGCUCAUCGACUGAACAUGGUUUGAAAGCUCAAUGUUCGAAUGCCAGCUCUGGUGGAUCUCUAAUGGAAAGGAAACCAUCGUACAUUGGUCAAACAUCAAGCUCACUAUCAUUAAAUAAUCUUAAUUCAUUGAGUUCGCUAUCUCUAAAUAAUCUUAGUGGACUAAGUAUACCCGGUAGUAUACCAUCGAAUGUUCACAAUACUACGUUACCUAGCUCUAGUUUAUACUACGAUCAAAUCAAAUAUUCAGUGUAAGAUCAAAAACAAUGAUACU